GACUUGGUUGCCCUGCAGCGUUGUGUGCAGACAGACUCGUGGCACAAACUCACUGACAGCAUCAACCAUCAAACGAGUGUUGCCUCCAUGUGGCACCUUAUCAACAAGGUUGUGAAAAAGAAAACCCCUAGUGCCCUCCACCACAGCCCUGCUCACUACGCACAAGAUCUUAUCGAUGAAUGGUCAGCACAGUCUCGCGUCACCAACCUUCCAGCGCACGUGCAAGCCGCUCUCUCCGCCCAGGAUAAUUACCGUGCACUCCGUCUCACUGCUGCCUUGCUGAACAGGGAUGAAGAGGAUGAUGUAGCCAUAACGGACAACGAGCUGCGACGUGCCCUCGCCAGGGGUAAGGCAACAUCUCCAGGGGAUGAUGGCAUUACCUAUGCAGUUCUGCGGGCUCUCCUGGACGUCCCUAGCAACCCUCUCCUCCAGCUGUACACCCUCUGUCUCCGCCUCGGUUACGUGCCGCGAGCUUGGACCUGCAGCACGAUUGUGCCCAUCCCUAAACCGAGCACCGAUAAGUUCCGACCUAUCUCCCUCACCUCCUGUUUCUCAAAGGUUUUUGAACGUAUUCUCCUCUCCCGUCUUAUGUUCCGGCUGCAGGACAAGCUGUCGCCCAGACUUUAUGGCUUUUUGCCACAGCGAGGAACGCACCACUGCCUAAUGGAGCUCUACACUCGUCUCUCUCCCGCCAGUGUUGUGGCCUUCAUCGACCUCAAAAGUGCCUUUGACGUCGCCAACGGAGAUAUCAUUUUGGAUCAAUUAGUCGAUUUUGGUGUCAAAGGGAACCUACUGAGGUGGAUCAGGGGUUACCUGCGUAAUAGAACGUCUCGUGUUCUAUUCAAGGGGGCGUGCAGUACCACAAAACGCUUUGAGCUCGGUGCCCCACAAGGUGGUGUUCUUAGUCCCUUUUUGUUCAACAUCCUCGUCCAUCGCCUUCUUUCUCUACUUCCUGACGUCGACGGAACGACCAUCACAUGCUAUGCAGACGACAUUGCAUUCACUCAAGUUCUCCAGAAGAUCUGCAACGCUACCUCCAUUCUUUCUACGUGUCUGCCUCUUCGUGUGGCCCCAUUAUCUCCCCAGACAAGAGCAGAAUCUUCUCACCCCGUCCUGCAAGAACACUGCCAGACUUCGCUGUGGGUAACACCAUCAUACCUUUGUGCACGCAAUAUCUCUACCUGGGCGCCCCAGUCCGGAUCACCCCUUCCAUCCCAGCGAGACAGCGCGUGCAUCCCCUUGUCCAGGACUUGCUAGCCCGACUGCAGCGACGUCUCGCUCCGCUCCGUUGGCUGACCAGCUACGCUGCCGGUGUGUCCAUCCCUGUGGCCAGAACCAUAUACAUAACGUUUAUCCGAUCUGUAGUUGACUAUCUCUCUCCUGCACUUUGUCAACUCUCCAGAGCAACUUUACAGCCUCUUGAAAAGUUCCAGAAUCAGGCAAUAAGGCUCAUUCUUGGUUGCCCCGUCUCCACCAGAAUUGUCAAUAUGCAACGUGAACUACAGCUUCCGCCACUUGUGGACAGAAUAUACACCAACGUUACCUAUUUCAGCAUCAAAUGUCUGCAUCGCCCUCACCUCUCUCCCCACUUCUCUCACGUCAUCGAGACCUCACUAGAUCCAGCUGCACCUCGUCCUCUGCAUCGUAGUGGUGGUCACACACUGGUCAGCACUGUCAGCUCAAACAUUCAGAGGCUCAACAUCAACAUCGUGGCGGAGGACGUGGAUCGCGGCCCCCCUCCCUGGCAGACUCCCGUGCCAGCAGUCACCUACACUCUGACUUCCACGUCUGACCUACCUCAGCUCCAGCGACAACGAGCCCUGGAAACCAUCGCCAGAUUGUCCUCGUCUCUUCGCGUGGCCCACCACCUCUACACCGACGGUUCCCUUCAAGGGGACGGCAGUGCUGGCUGUGCUGUGUUCUCCCCCAAUCUGGAGCCUCCGUUCGGGGGUUGGGCAGGGCGUCGUCUCCCGAAUUCGUCUAGUUCUACGUACUGUGAGCUCCAUGGACUCUUGGAUGCUGUCACUUUGUUAUCGCGGAGCAGACUCAACGGCCUCAUCAUCUGAGACUCAAAAUCUGCUCUCCGUGCCCUCUCCUCCCCCAGGCCUACAUACCAGCAACUGGUCACACAAAUUCUCCGCCGCCUUGCCACAGCCCUCGAGAGUUCACUGACGGUGCACUUUUUAUGGAUUCCGUCACACAUCGGUCUCUUGGCCAACGAUGUUGCGGACCGUCUUGCAAGGGCUGCCUGUGACCAGGACCCGCCAGCUGCUGGUGCCGCUGCUACCUCCUUGCCGUGGUGCAAGAAAAUGGUACGCCAAGCUGCCUGCUCCUCCACCCGUCACCGUAGCGAUGCUGAGAGGGCCGCCAGUGCGUCUAUCCAGCACUACGAACACUUCCUGCCUCGUCCACACAUGUACCGUCGCUCCGGUCUCAUGGUUCGCCGCCAUAAUGUAGUGUGUGCUCGUCUCUGGCUUGGGUACCGGCGAGUCGAAGACAUCUUGAAGGGGUAAACUGGGAUAAUUUAGGGAUUCAUGAGGGCCAGAACUGCGGAUUGGAGAGCCAGGAGAACCAGGUAGAAAUGUCUUACAAUAAUUUAGUUAGAGUAAUAGUAGAGGGGCAAGAACAGCAUAUACCACAGCGAACACUUAGAAAAGAAAACAAUGAUCCUAAGUGGAUGACUCGUGGACUAAAACACGAGAUUGGGUUAAAGAAGGGAAUUUAUCAGAAAAUAAAGAAUGGGGAAACACAUCUCCGGGGCCGGUACGUCGAACUAUCUAGAUUAGUUAAGAAAAACACCAGGAUAGCAAAAAAAGAACUAUGAGAUCAAAGUAGCAAAUGAGGCGAAAAGUAAUCCUAAGGGCUUCUUUCAGAUGUAUAGAACAAAAACACGGGAGAAAAUUGGACCGCUGAAAACAAACACAUGGGAGCUAGUAGAAAAUUACGAAAAUAUGAGCACAUUGUUGAACGACUACUUCCUUUCAGUAUUCACACAGGAGGAUCGAACGACUAUACCGGAAAGAGUUCAGGUGUACGAGGGCGGGGAUGGCGAUAAAUUGAGGGAUAUAAUCAUUACCAGGCAAGUAGUUCAGGAUGAGAUAGAUAAGCUUAAGAAGAACAAGUCGCCAGGUCCUGAC